AUGAAAGUGGCGUUUUUAGGCCCUGAAGGUACUUAUACGCAUCAAGCUGUAAUACAACAAUUUGGCAUAGAGGAAGAUGUGGAAAUCAUUCCAAAGAAAUCCAUCGCAGAAUGUUUCGAGGCGAUUAACUCGCGGCAAGUGGACUAUACAGUAGUUCCAUUUGAAAAUUCCACUAAUGGACAAGUUGUGUUCACAUAUGAUUUAUUUCGAGACUGGUUUUUCGAUAGUACAAAAGAGUGUAGAUUCAGGAUUGUUGGAGAACAAUUUGUGCCGAUUCAUCAUAAUCUCCUUGGCUAUGGAUCAGUACAAGAGAUUGAAACGAUAUACUCGCAUCCACAGAUUGCUAGUCAGAACAGAGACAAUAAAAGGAUAGCUGCGAUUUCAUCCAAAAUGAGUGCAAAAUUAUAUGAUUUGCCUAUAAUUGUAAAAGGAAUUGAAGAUAAUGCUAGUAAUACCACCCGGUUCUUGGUGCUAGGCUAUAACAACCCCCCAAAGCACAACGAUGUCACUGAGGGAAAAGCAAAAGCAAAAGAAGAAGAAGAAAAAAUCACAUCGUUGAUGUUCACCUUGCCAGAUGAUAGUCCCGGAGCCUUAUGUGACAUACUUUUCAAGUUCAAACAAGCCGAAAUCAAUUUGACUUCGAUCAAUUCACGCCCGGCUAAUCUCCAACCAUGGCAAUAUGUGUUUUUCGUGGAAGCAGCCUCAGAAAUCAACACCCUGGUUUUGAAAUCUCUUCAAGAAUCGUGUUUAGCCUUGGUAGUAUUAGGAACAUUUGAUAGAAACAAAUGUUAA